CUGAAGACGAAACAUCACCAAAUCUUUCAUCUUCUACUCUUGUCUCCACUUCUCUUCUCUGUAACAUAAACAUAUUAUUAUUAUUACCAAAGUCAUUCAACGUUCCAGCUGUACCUUCUCUGUUCUUUCAAAACUUCAGAAUGAUCACCACACUUGCUCUCUGAUCCGAAUUGUUAUACUACUUUACAACUUCUUCAUAAGAUUCUUUACUCGGUGACGAAUAUGAUGAUGAGUAGUAGCAGUAGCAACACCACCAACAGUAGCAGCAGCAGCAGCAGUAGUAGUAGUAGUACAAUUGGGAAGAACCGAAAGGCGGUAAAUCGAGAGAAGAUAAUAUCUCUGCAACAAGAUGUUGAAAAGCUGAGGAAGAAGCUGAGGCUUGAAGAGAACAUUCACCGAGCAAUGGAAAGAGCUUUUAAUAGACCUCUUGGUGCACUUCCCCGUCUUCCUCCAUUUUUACCUCCACCGAUUUUGGAGUUACUUGCAGAAGUGGCUGUUCUCGAAGAGGAAAUGGUUCGGUUAGAAGAACAUAUUGUGCAUUGUAGACAAGAAUUGUAUCAAGAAGCAGCUUCUACAUCUUCAUCGAUAGCGAAGUUGAAAUGCUCAGCUGAUUUGCCUAUGCAUUGGGAGAGAAAAUCAAAGUCAGCUUCUAGUAAUGCUAGAGAAUCUGAAUCUGAAUCAAAGUCAGCUUUUAGUAAUGUUUCAGAUAGUCUGAGGGGUAAAGAGAACAAGUUGAGUGCUAAUCCAACGAUCAGAACACCGGUGAAGAAAAUGCAUAUUAUUCAUACACAGCUGAAUAAGAGUUUAGAUGCUCAGAAACUUCAGGAAUGUCAUACUCCCCGCAAAUCAAAUGCAGAGCGGAGGUCUUAUGAUGGCGCUAAGGGCUGCGACCCGAAUAAAAUCUCCGAGGAUUUAGUUAAAUGUCUCUCUAACAUUUUCAUGAGAAUGAGUUUAGUAAAGAAAGCCGCGGUUACAAAAUCUCAAGAAAACGCAUUCAUCAAAGAUCCUUAUGGAAUUUGCACGAGCUUUACAAGAAGGGAUAUUGGUCCAUAUAAGAAUUUUAAAGAUGUUGAAGCAACUUCAGUAAACCGAAAUAGAAUGUCGUCAAGCUCCUCAUUGUUUCUCUACCGCCAACUGAAAAGUCUGCUUGGAAAACUUUCUUCAGUCAACUUGCAGAAACUUAAUCAGCAGGAGAAGUUAGCUUUCUGGAUUAACAUUUAUAACAGCUGCAUGAUGAAUGGUUUCCUUGAACAUGGAAUACCAAAGAGCCAUGAUAUGGUGACACUAAUGCAAAAGGCGACUAUAAAUGUGGGAGGCCACUCUCUAAAUGCAAUGACGAUCGAACACUUCAUCCUCCGCUUACCGCAUAACUCAAAAUAUAUUUCACCUAAGAGUUCAAAGAAAAAUGAAGUGGCAGCAAGAAGUAAAUUUGGGUUGGAAUUGUCAGAGCCACUAGUAACAUUUGCUCUCUCAUGUGGUAGUUGGUCAUCACCCGCGGUACGGGUGUACACCGCGGGUAAAGUAGAGGACGAACUAGAGGUGGCGAAAAGAGAGUAUUUGGAAGCAUCGGUGGGGAUAUCCGUGGCGAAAAUGGGGAUACCGAAACUAAUGGAUUGGUAUAGCCAUGACUUUGCAAAAGACAUUGAAUCAUUGCUUGAUUGGAUUAGCCUUCAGUUGCCUACUGAGUUGAGAAAAGAUGCUCUCAACUGUCUUCAACAAGAGAUGUCUAAGGCCCCUUCCUCUUCUACUUCUCUUGUCCAUGUUAUCCCUUAUGACUUCACUUUUAGAUACAUUUUUUCUAUCUGAAAAUUGUAGGAGAGGUUUGUUUUCUCUCUUUAGUCUUUUGGUUUCGAUAGUAUUUGUAUACACCAACAUAAAAAGUACAUAAACAAGGAGAAACCGAGAUUAUCAAAUAAUGAGAUAUGAAAUAAUCUAUACUAGUA